UCUCGGCUGCUUUUGUGUUUUCCAUUUGUACAAUUUGAAUUACUGAGCCGACUUGACUAAUGUUGUGAAGUUUGAAGAUGCUAUCCGCAGCUAGCUGAAAAAGAAACUCAAAACUUUUGACUUUUGUCAACUAAUAAACUGAAAAUCUUUGUUCAGGAUCAAGUAAGGAUGGAAAACAACGAUCAGAAUCAUGAUGAAAAUGCACCGCUGCUGAGUGGACGACCGGACAGGAAUCGAAUUCAGGAGGAUGAUUCUGAGGAUGUGGAACUCUCAGGCUGUGGAGCCACAGUUUGUUGUGAUCCGAGACGGGCCCUUCAUAGAUACCUCAUUCUUAUUUUUAUUUGUUUCUUAAGUUUUGGGAGCUAUUUUUGCUACGACAAUCCAUCCGCUCUUCAAGAUCAAAUUAAACAGGUUAUGCACAAAGACACAGCUAGUUUCAUGCUGCUUUACUCUCUGUACUCAUGGCCAAAUGUUGUUCUCUGUUUCUUUGGAGGCUUUCUCUUGGACAAAGUCUUUGGUGUCAGAGUUGGCACCCUUAUCUUUGGUGCUUUCGUCCUUGUCGGCCAAUGUAUCUUCGCUCUUGGGGCAACACUCAACAACUACACUGUCAUGCUGGUGGGAAGAUUCGUCUUCGGGUUGGGUGGAGAGAAUCUAGCUGUAGCACAGAAUACAUACUCUGUGAAUUGGUUCAAAGGAAAAGAGCUCAACAUGGUCUUUGGACUACAACUCAGUUUUUCAAGAGUGGGCAGCACUUUGAACAUGAAUAUCUUGGCACCAAUCUUCAAGGCACUUGACAAGGAUAUACCAGGACAUAUCAGAUUAGGAUAUGUCCUUUGGCUUGGAGCCGGUAUGUGUGUGUUUUCUAUCUUAUGUGGUGUUUUCCUGGGAUAUUUUGACAUAAGAGCUGCAAGAAUACUCAAAAGAAGUAGUGGAGGAACUGGAGAAACAAUCAAGUUGAGCGAUAUCAAGGACUUCCCUAUCAGUUUAUGGCUGAUCUUUUUAGUCUGUGUUUUCUACUAUGUCACUGUCUUCCCUUUCAUUGGGCUUGGAAUUGUAUUCUUUGAAGACAAGUUUGACAUGUCUCCCACAGAAGCUAAUCUUGUAAACAGCUUGGUUUAUUUCAUCUCUGCUGCCGCAUCUCCCGUCUUUGGUUUUGUUGUUGAUAGAACAGGCAAAAAUAUCUUCUGGGUGGCCUUAGGCAUCAUUCUGACUCUGGUUUCCCAUGGAGCUUUAGCAUUCACCUUCAUUAAUCCUUUCGCAACCAUGACCUUGAUGGGAAUUGCUUACUCUAUCCUUGCCUGUGCUCUGUGGCCAAUUGUAGCCUUCAUCAUGCCUGAACAUCAACUUGGGACAGCAUAUGGAUUUAUGCAGUCGAUUCAGAACCUAGGUUUGGCUAUAGUAGCUGUAAUAGCAGGCAAGAUUGUUGAUUCCAAUGGUUAUCUCCUAUAUGAAGUCUUCAACCUAUCCUGUCUAUGUAUUGCCCUGAUCUGCUGUGUGUUGAUGUAUCUAGUAGAUUCAUCAAGAGGAGGUAGUCUGAAUCUGUCAACGAGAGAAAGGAAAGCUCUUGCCAAGAAGGAAGAAGAAGAUUUGAAAGAGAAAUUACACCAGUCUGAAUUACCUUCUACAUCUAGUACUAUUCAGCCCCAGUCAGCCUUUGCUCUUAGGAAUAGAUACCUCUCAAGACUGGGAGCUAAGUUACCUAUGACUUACAACCCUCAUACAAUGGCACUAUCGAGACAUGGAAUCCUGCAGUAGAGACUUCCCCUUCACAGCCAGAAGGUCCCAACUCCUUUUACCUCUAUUUCUAAGUAUGGCUUUGUGAACAAUUUACUCU